AUGCAUUAUUCUUCUACGACUCUCUUUCUUGCAAUAUUUUUUACGUUUUCAUCCAUUGAAACUGUUCAACAGCCAGUCAGUUUUCAUGAAGUUAUUAAUAUUCUAAUUCAAGAAUCACAAAAUAAUAACAUUUUUACUGAUGAAUAUUAUAAACCUUAUUCAUUGUUAACAAAUUUUCAACACUUCAAAACAUUGUCGAAUACCACUAUCUUCACCGAAUGUUGGUAUGAUCUUAUGUCACUUGUAAAUGCCACUCGUAACAACGAAAAAUGGGCAUUAAAAUUUAUUGAUUCAUGGGGAAAACCAUCAUCUGGUAUUAUGCAUGGAAAUCUGUUUUGGUUGGGUAGUUACGAUGAAUGUGUCGAGGAAUUGUAUCAGUUAGAUAGAUCAUAUGUAUCUCAACCUUAUCAUGGAAAAUAUUGUAUAAUAUCGAAACCAGUCAAUCCACAAGUAGUGUUUCGACCACCAUCUUUAGCCUACGGGUUUUGUGUGCCACAUUCGUGUAAUGAAAGGGAAUUAGUCUCAUUUAUUCAGAAUCUUCUACCAUUUUAUCAGAAUAUCACAGAAAAUUAUAUUAAUUGUGUUGAACAUCGCUCAUUUACACAUAUAUUCAAAAAGCAGUCAAAUAGUGGCACAAUUGUCGCAUUAUUCGUUAUUUCGUCAUUGGUUCUUAUCAUUUUUACUGGAACAUUGUUCGAUUUGAGAAAAAUAUCUACUAGUUAUUUUCUAGCAGAAUUUUCAUGUUUACGAGUAUUAUCAAAAAUCUUUACAUUCAAUGAAUCAGCCGAUUCAUUUAAAUUUUUAAAUGGUAUUCGUGUAUUAUCCUUAUUAUGGGUUAUUUUCGGACACACAUUCGUAUUUAGUUUGCUAACAGUAGAUAAUAUUGUAAAAAUUGUACAAUGGACACAACAGUUUUCAUUUCAAUUUCUGUUAAGUGCAGUAUUUGGUGUUGAUACAUUUUUUGUUAUUAGCGGAUUUCUUACAGCCGUUCUGUUUACAAAAGAAGUAAAUAAAUCAUCUAAUGGUUUAAACGUUAAACUUUGUAUUAUGUAUUAUGUUCAUCGAUUUAUUCGUCUUACGCCAACACUUAUGCUCAUCACUAUGGCUAGUGUGACAUUAACGCCUUAUUUUGGUCAUGGACCAUUUUUUCCCGUAAAAGGUUUUGAAAGUGCUGAAUGUCAUCAGUAUUGGUGGGUAAAUUUAUUGUAUUUAAAUAAUUUCAUUAAAACAGGAACUGGAUGUACACUAGUUAGUUGGUAUUUAGCAAACGAUAUGCAAUUUCAUUGGGUAGCACCUUUAGCUCUAAUACCAUUCGUGUUAAAUCGUAGAAAAAUAGCCAUUUCAGUUGUUCUAUUAUUUGUACUAGUCACUAUAUUGUCAACUGCGGGUAUAGUAUUACAUUAUCCCGGUAUGGAAAACGGUUUUCUUUCGCGAUCGUUAAUGAACAGUAGUUUAACAAUGGAGAACACAUUUUUUGAUAGAAUAUACAUUAAACCAUGGUGUCGAAUAGCACCUUAUGCUCUUGGAUUAUUAACUGGUUUUGGUGUCAUCAAUGUUGGUCGAACAUAUCGAAUAAAUAUUUAUAUCAAAAUAAUUGGAAGUUGUGGCGCAUUUCUAUUAGUUAUUAUUUGUUUAUCACGUACAUCUCUCAUUGUUUAUCAAUCAUUAUCUCGUACCGGUUGGGGUCUCGCUAUUUGUUGGCUAUUGUUUUUGUGUAGUACAGGAAAUGGUGGAAUCAUUUCAAAAAUUCUCUCAUGGCCAAUAUGGACUCCAAUGGCUCGCUUAAACUAUGCUGCCUAUCUCAUUCACACAAUGAUCAUUCUCGUCACUAAUUUUAAUCGUACAACACCCAUACAUUAUCAACACAUUAUGGCCAUCAAUAGUUUUGUAUCCCAAGCAUUUUUUAGCUAUGUGGGAGCCAUUUUAGUUGUUAUCCUAUUCGAAUCACCAUUUGUCGUUCUAGAAAAAAGAUUAUUUCGAAAUCAAAAACGACACGCCAGUGAUCAUGGCGAAAAUAAAUUUUUACUCAAUCGUGGUGAAGAAAUUGAAUCGAGUUAUGGAAGUAUUAGUGAAUUGCAAAAUAGAAGUGGUUCAUGUUAG